AUGGAACCACCGACAAAAUUCCUUUUACCCUCACCGAAUUUCAACAACAACAAACAAAAAGAAUGUCCAUCGAAACCCAAACCACACUAUUUAACACCAUCGGGUAUGACAAUUCUACCACGUGAAAAACAACCACCACCAAUGUAUGGCAAACGUGGAGCAACAGUUCCACCAAGAUUUCUUAAACCCCCCAAUGCUAAUACGCCACCUGCAGAAUCGACGAGGCAAUAUUGUGAGCCAUGUGAAAUGGAAUUGGCCUCAAUGGAGGAUCUGAAACAUCAUCGGGCGCAACAUGAAAAAUGUCCCGUCGAUGGUUGCCAGUAUCGUGGCCAUAUAACGGUAAUGGAUAAACAUGUUACGGCUUUGCACAGUUCGGGUUUAUUUGAUAAAUUCAAAAAACUUAAUACACCUGAAGAGAUUGCGGCAUGGCGUGAGGAGCGACGUAAACGCUAUCCGACUGUGGAAAAUGUUCUGCUCAAACAGAAGGCCCAAGAGCAGCGGCAAAAACGUGGUGAACGCUUAGAGGCCAGUAAAUGUCGUUUUGGCAAGCAGGACGAUAGGAAAAGGGCAUUGCCGCCAAAUGCAAAUGAUUCGAGCCCUAAAGAUAGCGGAGAUGGAAUUAAGAGGCCAGCUGAACCGGAUGGUGGGGGGAAACAACAAAAAGGCCAAGCUAAUAAACGUAAUAAAAAGAAACGAAAAAAUCAACGUGAUUGUAAGGAUAAUACGAAAAAAGCGGAACAUGUAAAUGCGACGAAGGAGGAGGAGAAAACAAGCGAUGAUGAGGAUGAUUGUAAAUUUAUGGUGAGAUUCCAAGGUACCCGUGGUAUGAAGGAUUACAAACAUUGUGAAAAGAAAGUGAAAGAGAAGAAUACAAAUGUCCUUUUUAGUCUUGUUGGUAUGUAUGGUUCAGAUGAUGACGAGGAAGAAGAAGAGGAGGAGGAAGAGGGGAGGGACAACAAACAGCAAGAUAAAUGUAACGGAGACUUUAAUAAACUUGAAAACACAAAUUCCAAGGAGAAGGAAAUACACACUCAGUCGGAUAGUCCAUUAGAUGGCAACAAGCAAAGUAACAUGAACGAACAGGACCAAAGAUGUAAUGACAGAGGCGAGAAAGAUGCCACAGAUAAUGACACUGUUCCCACAGAUAAAAAUACAGGAAAAAAUAAUUUUAUUUUAAAUCCCCAUGAAGGAGAAACUGCCAUGGAACAAAGAACUGAAGACAUUGAACCUCUUCCAAUCGAAGAAGAAGAAAAUAUUCAGAAAUCCUCAUCACAAUCCUUCCCUAAUGGUAAUUCAUCAGACGAAGGUCCCGAAGAAAUUCCCAUUGAACAUCAAUUGACAGAAUAUAAGUUCGAAAAUGUACAACAAGAGAAAACAACAGCGGUACAACCACCAGCACCUCCCAAAAAAUGCCCAGCGGCCAAACAAAAUGAAGUAAACAAUCGACCACAAAAACCAACGGUAAAAAGAAAAUCUGGUCUGGAUUAUCGUAAAGCUAAACUGCGCAAACAAAAUUCAAUGUUAGAAAAAUUAUUAGAGACUGAUAUUCGGCAUGAACGUAAUGUCCUGCUGCAGUGUGUUCGUUAUGUUUGUGAAAAUAACUUUUUUGGUAUUGGAAAAUCGAAAAUCAAUUAA